AUGGAGCCGGUUCAUCAUGUCACGACCUCAUCAAAGGUUCUCUUCAGUAAGGUGCGUAAGAUCGUACCGCCGAUGCUGGAGAAAUUUCACAAGGGUAUGCCAUCCCCACCAGAUCGAUUUCUAGCCGUUAUCCGCAUCUAUUCGACCUUCCGUAAUGAUGCUCAUGAUCAAUUAGGACAACUGGGUCGUGUGGCCGUCAUUGGAGGCUGCGCAGAUUACACCGGUGCUCCGUAUUUUUCGGCCAUAGCAUCAGCAAAACUAGGAUGUGAUAUGAGCCAUGUUCUCUGUGAACGCUCCGCAGCUCCGGUAAUCAAGAGCUACUCGCCAAAUCUGAUGGUACAUCCAUUACUACCCAGCACAGAUACGGUCAAAGAUCCCAAGUCCAUCGAUGCACCAGCACUCGCAGGUCCAAUAAUCAGCAUGCUCUCCCGCCUUCAUGCCCUAGUUAUCGGACCCGGCCUUGGCCGUGACGGUGUUACGCUAAAAGUGGUUGCGGAGGUUAUCAAGGAAGCACGCUCACGGUCAAUCCCAUUUGUGCUUGACGCAGAUGGUCUACUCAUUGUGACUGAGGACCCCAGCCUUGUCAACGGAUACAAGGAAUGCAUCCUCACUCCCAACGUUGUCGAGUUUGGGCGACUGGCGAAAGCACUAGGAAUCAAGGCAACCAGUCAGGCUGACAUCGCGAAGGAAGGAGACGGUGAUAAAACGAGCAAAGCAUCUGAUGCAUGUGAGCAGCUAUCUAAUGCACUGGGAGGAGUGACGAUUCUGCAGAAGGGUCCUCACGAUGUGAUCUCCAAUGGAGUCACCAGUAUCAUUAAUGAUACCAAGGGUGGACUGAAGCGCAGCGGUGGACAAGGAGAUACCCUCACUGGGUCUUUGGGUACUAUGCUUGCAUGGCGGGCAGCCUACCACGAUCGGUUGUGGGACUCGGGCGAAAAGGAUAAUGAGAAGGAGGCGCAGAGCAGGGAGGAAGUGCAGGCUGAGCUCGAGUCCGAUAGACGAAUGUCUCCCGGCACAACUUUGCUUCUAGCUGCGUGGGGUGGCAGCAGUAUUACCAGGGAAUCGUCGCGGCGGGCCUUCGAGGCAAAAGGCCGCAGUAUGCAGGCUAGUGAUCUUACGGAUGAGGUGCAUGGGAGCUUCUUGCGAUUGAUUGGUGAGCCUGAGGGAGCUCAGGCCAACCUUUAG